AUGCAUCACUUCCAGCUCCCGAUAUGCGCGGUCGUCGCCAUUUUGGUACUGGCGACCUGCACCCCCGUGCACUCCGUGUGCUCGGGCCCGACCGACCCAGGCGGCGUUCGCACCGCGAUGUUGGCAUCGCACGACGAAUAUAGCCCGCCCGCGCCCCAGUCGGGCGAGACCAAGGUCAUGGUCGAAGUCUCCGGCGAGCUCGAGCUGAUAAAGUCGGUGUCCGAGCCCACGGGUUCGAUCCAGAUGGCCAUCCAGCACACGAUGACCUGGCCCGACUCCAGGCUGGCGUUCAACACAACGACCAGAAACAACGGGUGCUUCGACCACGAGCGUGCCGUGUUCCCCUCGGCGAUGCUCUCCGAGGUCUGGCACCCCGAGUACUCGUUCUUGAACGCCAUCGGAUCCUUCGGCACCGCGUCCACGUUCUUAGUGUUCAAGAACGACGGUGAGGUCAGGGUGACGAUCCGAGAGGGCGUCACCGCGACGUGCAUCUUCGAUUUCAAGAAGAUGCCGUUCGACGAGCAGACGUGCUACGCGCGAAUGUUGCUCAACGCGCCUUCCAAGAUGGUCGCGUUCACAGCCCCGACGACCGGACAGGAGCUGUUCAAGAUCCCGACCGGCGGUUUGCUCGGCGGCACCACCGAGUGGACCGUCCUUGGCACGAACAUGACCGUGGGCGAGAGAGCUGGAAUGCCCCCAAUGUCGUACGUCGACUUCACGGUCCGGAUGAAGCGAAAGCCGGACUACUGGAUCGCCUUCGUGUUACUGCCGUCCAUCUUCCUGGUGGCGCUGAGCUACGGCACGUUCUGGAUCCAACGCGGAGCCAUUCCCGCGCGCGCCGCGUUCUGCUUCAUCGCCUACCUCUCAAUCAUCAACCUCACGAAAGGGGCGCUCGCGUCGUUGCCGAAACUGAGCGCCUCGGACGCGUGGAUGCUCGGCGUGCUGAGCAAGAGCCAGUACUUCUGCGCGUACACCGUGCUGGGCGUCGUCGUCGCCAACUACCUGCUCCACGUCGAGACUCGCGUCGACGCCGCGCUUAAGGACGCGAGGGAUAAAGAAGACGCGUCGCUCGGGGAGAAGAUCAGCGACAUGAGGGGGUUCGUCCGCGGCAAGGCUGGGAGGUUCGCGGGGAUGCUCGUGGGGAAGGACGGGAAGAUGAGGUUCGCCGACAGGCACGUCGACGUGUUCUCGCGAUGGUGCUUCCCCGCGGCGUACGUCGCCGCCGUCGCUCUCGUCUCAAUCGAGGCUGGCGUGUUUGCGUGA